GUCAGGACAAGCAUGACUAAUCUUCCCCUGGAAUUGGUGUGGAAUCUUAAAGAAGUUUGAAACAUAAAGUCACUUCUCUUGACAUCUUUUUGUCUAUAGCCUAUGGGUCACCAAAUAAUAUGACUAUUGGCUAAGAAAAAUGUGCAAUAUCAAGGUGCGAUGGGGGCAUGUCUAGCACCAUGCAACACAACAACAAAUCUGCAUUUGGAGGAACAAGAAAAGAAAAGCUGAGAGAGUGGGAGAUCUCUAAUCAGCUUAAGGCUAUGAAAGAACAUGAUUGCCUAGGAUUUUACCAAGAUCAUGGCUUUGCCAAGUGCCAACUCUUGAUCUUUUAUGAAUGGGUGCUACUGGGGUCAUUUCAGUGUGCAGUAUCACAGUUUAGGCAUCCUUUGAUUUUGACCAACCAUAAGAAUGAAGUUUGGUUUGUCCAAUUUUCCAAUAAUGGGGAAUACUUGGCCUCGUCAUCAAGUGACUGUACAGCUAUCAUAUGGAAGGUUCUGGAGGAUGGUAAGGUGACCCAGAAACACACACUACGAAGCCACCAAAAUCCCGUGUCCUUUGUAGCAUGGAGUCCUGAUGACACUAUGUUGCUAACUUGCGGAAAUAUGGAAGUACUCAAAUUAUGGGCUGUGGAAACAGGUACAUGCAAGCACACAUUUGGGAAUGAAGGCUUCAUUGUCAGCUCAUGUGCUUGGUUUCCUGACUCAAAGCGACUUGUCUGUGGCAGCUCUGACCCUGAAAAGGGCAUUUACAUGUGGGACUGUGAGGGUAAUGCGAUCAAGGCAUGGAAAGGGAUGAGGAUGCCUAAAAUCUUGGAUCUUGCUGUGACACCAAAUGGAGAAAAUCUUAUCAGUAUUUUUUCGGAUAAAGAAAUUCGGAUAUUGAACGUGGGGACAAAUGCUGAGCGCGUCAUUUCAGAGAAGCAUGCAAUCGCAUCCCUUGCUAUAUCAGGUGAUAGUCAGUUCCUUAUUGUCAACCUUAACAGCCAAGAGAUUCAUAUGUGGGAUGUUGCUGGACAGUGGGGAAAGCCAUUAAAGUAUACGGGCCACAGGCAGCAUAAGUAUGUGAUAAGGUCCUGCUUUGGGGGGUUGAAUAGUACAUUUAUCGCCAGUGGCAGUGAGAAUUCAAAGGUGUAUAUCUGGAAUCGGAGAUUUUCUAGUCCCAUUGAGGUCUUGUCUGGCCAUUCAAUGACAGUGAACUGUGUGAGUUGGAACCCUAAGAGACCACAAAUGUUAGCUUCGGCAAGUGAUGAUCAAACAAUCCGUAUUUGGGGACCAAGCCCUUCUAAGAAGGAGGUUUUGCCUAAGAAGCUUGUUUGA